GAUUGGAUUUAUUUGAAUACACUGUGCUGCUGACCCUCUGACUUAUCAAGGGAGAUGAAUGACUGUUAGAAAAGCCUGCCGCACAGGAUGGGAAUCCGUAAUGAGUUAGUGUUGGGGUGUGUGUGUGUGUCUGUAAGGGGGGACGGACAGACGGACUGCGUAUUCUUGGCAUCAAUGGGCCUGUUGAAGAGACGAGACCACUUGCCCGUCAGUGACACACUCCACUGAUCAGACGGAUCCCAUCCUCAAAGUUUUUUACCAAUGGUUCCUAUUUAAGGCUGUGAGUUUAGACGGAGCUCAGAGACAGGUGCUUGGACGGAGCUACCAGACCCUCCUAGUGUGACACGUGCAAGGGUUGAUGAGCCAAGGACACUUAAGAUGAUUGUGACCACAGCCGUGCUUAUGAUUUUGAUUGGCUACUCCGACUCGGUAGAGGAAUAUUGUUACGAUGAAGGCCAUUGUGAUCCUUACGCAUGGGGAGACCUGUUCCCUUCUUGUCACCCACUUCUGGAAACGCAUCACUCUCCGAUCAACCUGGACUCUCAGAUGACCAGGAGCUACUCACUGGGAGAAUUCCUCCUGGAAGGCUUCGAUGUGGCCCAGCCUGGUCAGUGGAAGCUGAAUAACGAUGGACACUCUGUUGUUUUGGAUGUGGGCGGGGGUCUGUCUGUGAGCGGAGGGGGUCUUCCUGGGGUGUACCACACCAUUCAGCUGCACUUCCACUGGGGCAGCCCCUCCAGCAACGGAUCCGAACACACGGUCGACGGACAGAGAUACCCCAUGGAGAUGCACAUCGUCAACAUGAAGUCCACCCAUCCCAACGUGUCGGUGGCCUUGGGAGACCCCACCGGCCUGGCGGUUCUCGGAGUCUUCGUUGACACGGCGUAUGCAGACCAUGAGCAAUUUGGACAUAUUGCCAAAAAACUGUCAUCUGUUGCUUACAAAGGUCAAACCACUUCGAUCAAACCCUUUCCGCUGAUUGGUCUUUUGCCUCAACAACAUAUGAGCCAGUACUACCGUUACCAUGGUAGCCUGACCACUCCUCCAUGUUCUCAAGCAGUUGUUUGGACUCUCUUUGAAGUGCCCAUCCAGAUCUCCUGGUCCCAGCUGGAGCGGUUGACUUCGGGGAUCUAUGCCAGUGAGGAGUAUGAAGAUGAUGCCACGCCCCUCUACAACAACUUUCGACACGUGCACCCAACUUAUAGUCGCACUGUAUACGCAUCCCUUGACGCUAAGCUACUUAAUAGCAAAGCUAGCGGCCUCUUCCAUCCUUCUUUUUCAAUUAUUAUAGUUAUAAUAACUUCACUGAACAGAUGUAUUCAUUGACUCUAGAGAUCAACCAGCUAGGGUUUUAUUUUUUUUAUUUGUCUUGCUUGAUUGUUGUAAAUACAUGGUAUGUUCUCAACAGAGUCAAAUGGUGUUAGCCUCACUUUUUAUUAGGUGCUCGUAAAAAAAAGAAGAUAGAAGUAAAGAGUCUGGAAUUUACAACGUAUUCCCCUCUGCUUUGUUUAAUGGACGACCUAUAAGUCAAUAGUAACAGAAGAUGCCAUCAAGGCAAACAGACAGAGGAUUAUGUAUAAUGCUGUGAAGAAGAGUACUGUGAUAUAAGGAGAACUGUAAUAGUGCUUUCAUUUAUCACGACUCGUGAGCAAUGAUAAUGGCUCAUUAUAAUGUAUAUUAUAAAUGUAUUUUAAAUGUCAGUCCUAAAAAUUACAUAAAGGGACUUCUUGAUCUCACUACAAGUCUAAAUCUAUUCAAUCCUAAAGUGACUAUUUUAUACACCCUACCAUUGAGCUAUUCAUUCAGUUGCAGAAUGAUGAGUACUUGUUGGUAACUUGGUGGUUACCUUUCAGAGCGUGGACUUUGUGUCAUUAGCUGUCAUAGGAUGUAUAAUGCAAUGCCCCCCUCCACUGCCUCUACUCGUAGUCACACCAUUCUCCUCCUGUUACCGACUCGUGGCCGAGGCAGAAUACAAAUAGAGAAGCUACUGUGUCACGGGAUUUGUGUAUUGUCUGAGUUGGAUGCGUUUGUUGAAGAUGAUGUCACUCACGUGACUGUUGUGUGUUAAGUAGAUGGACAAUGUACAGCCUUUCUUUCAUUGAAAUCAAAAAUAUAAUAAAAACUUUAAAUUUUG